AUGAGUGUAAAGGACAUUGAUAUGAAAAACACUAUAAACAAGUUUGAUACGAUGUUGGAAUUGAUAGAAAAUCUUCGGGGCUCCUUUAACAACAUUUGCGAUUACCUAGACGAAACCUGGAAGAUAUCCAGCUUUCAAGAAAACACGAGUAGUUUGGAACGGAAGAAUGGUGAAAACUUUGUGAAAUUCUUUGAUUCAGAUAGGUUUAGCAUAAUGAAUGACGCGU